AUGUGUAUGGCAGAUGAUUCGUUUGGUCGUCGUAUCCCUUUUAUCUUUCUUCAAGACUUGAAAAAUAAAUUUUUGUCAACUUAUGGACGAAAGAGAGCACUCGACUCACCUCCUUUUGGCCUGAAUGAAUUCUCUCGUGUGAUUGAAAAACAAAUGGAUUACUUUUCUACAAAUCCUAACGCUGAUCGUUUAAAACAAGUUCAUGGUGAAAUUGAACAAGUAAAGGAUGUUAUGGUUCAUAAUAUUGAGAGAGUAUUAGAAAGAGGUGAACGUAUUGAAUUAUUAGUAGAUAAAACUGAUAAUUUAAAUCAACAAGCAUUUGCUUUUAAAAAAAGAAGUACACAUUUAAAGCGUGCUAUGUGGUGGAAAAAUACAAAAAUUAUAACUAUGAUUUGCUUAGUUUGCUUUGUAAAGUAA